GACGACGCGGCCGCCUCGUGGGCAAAGAAGGCGUCGAAGGCCGACGUGCCGCAGAUCGAGGGCAACUCUGGCGAGAUGGACUACAGCAGUUGCACGCGUCAACAAUGCCACGUCUCCGAGGGCAUGUUGCCUACUUUGAGCCAAGAGAUCCGUGACAAGUGGAAGGAGCUCUGCGACAAGGAGGGCGUGAAGGGCACGCAGCAGCUCAAGAACGCCCUCAGGAACAGCGUGGUCAAGAAGGAUUGCACCUGCGAGUUGUGCGCCGACAACUUGAAAGAUUGCAAGGCAGAGCAGUUUCUCAAGGUGACGCAGAGCAAGGCGGACACCAAGAAGGAGGCGCUGCAGCGGGCGAAGGAUUCUGGAGCGAUCUGGAUGGAGGAGGACAGCGACGGCGAGGAGUUGUGGUACGAGAAGAAGAAGAUCCACACGAGCACCCACAGGAUUGAUACGGGCUGCGACUUCAAGAGGGACCUGAAGCCCCAGAGCGUGGAGCAGUACAAGCAGAUGAUCACGGACUCGGUCACCAAGAACAAGGCUUGGCUUCGCAAGGCGCUGUGCGACACCAAGAAGGCUCUUGGUUCUGGUGCUUCCAGCUCGAAGGGCGAGAGCACGGACGUCGACUGCCACAUGAUGAAGACUAUGCAGGACGCCUGGGACGCCAGCACCGCGCUCACUGCUGACGCAGGCUUGCUGGCGCAGCGCAUCAAGCGCGACCACGCAAAGUCGAAGAUCAAUCGCGAGCGCGCGGACGAGGUGAUGCAGUUGCUCAAGGACUGCGGCCCUCCCAGCGCGGAGCUCCUCUCGGCGCUGGGGCAGCCCAUGGAGAAGCUGAACGCCAAGAAGUGCCGCGCCAACCUCGAGGCGUGCGCGAGGAUCUUCCUCGCCCUGGAGAAAGCCCACCAGAUGCUCAUCGAGAGCUCGGGCUUGGCAAAGAAGGACAAGAAAAAGGCGUUGGAGAAGGCGAGGGCGAUCAGCAACAAGUGA